CACCUGCCACAGCGCGCAGAGGAGGGCCGGCUCCGGCCGAUGGCGACGGAGGACCCCAUCGCCUGGGCGCCGCGGGGGCAGCCCGUUCGCUUGGGCGCCAAGGAGGGCGGGCACCUGCCCAGCGGCACGGGGAGGCCACUUGCCCAGCUGCCUGGUGUCGUGCGGCUCGGCGGCGCCGAGGAGUCCGCGCCGCGCCCUGCGCGCGGCCGCCGGGCGCGGGCGCGGAGGACC